AUGUCUCGCUCCCUUUUUCUAUUUCCGCACUCUCAUUUCCCCUCUCUUUUCCUCGCUCACACCUUUGCUUUCGCUCUUUCUUUUUCUCUCUCUCUCUCUCUCUCUUCUCUCUCGUUUCCUUCUCUCUUUCUUUCUCUUUUUCCCUUCUCUCGCUCAUAUCUAUCUAUCUAUCUAUCUAUCUAUCUAUCUAUCUAUCUAUCUAUUUCAGUCUAUUCGUUAUCUAUCUAUCUAUGUAACUAUCUAUCUCACAUUUCCCCCUUCUCAUUCCCUCGCUUUAUUUCUCAUUUGCUCUCUCGCUUUCUCUGUGUCUUUCUCUUUUUUUACUCUUUCCAGUCUCUCUUUUCCUCACUCUCUCGUUUCCUUCUCUUUUUCUUUCUUUUUUCACUUCCGUCUCAUUCCCCUCUCUCAUACCUUCUCAUUAUUUCCGUUUUUCCUCUCUCGCUUUCUAUGUGUAUGUCUCUCUCUAUUCUUUCCACUCUCUCAUUUCCUCUCUCUUUUCAUCACUCUCUCUCUCUCUCUUUUGUUACCGCUUUUCUUUCUCUUUUUCUUCCUUGUUUCUUUCUUUCUCUUUUUCCUUUCCCUCGCUCUAUCUUUCUAUCUCACAUUUCCCCCUUUCUCAAUCUCUCUCUUUAUUUUUUCCUCUCUCGCUUUCUCUGUGCUUCUCUCUCCUUCUCUCUUCACACUCUUUUCUCCACUCCUUUUCUCCCUCUCUCUUUAGCUCUCGUUCUUUCUCUUUUUUUUCUCUCUGGUUUUCUUCCCUCUUUAUUUCUCUAUAUCUUUCUAUCUCACAUUUCCCCUUCAUUCAUUCUCUCUUUUUAUUUUUAUUUUCCUCUAUCUCUUUCUCUUUAUAUCUCACUCUCAUUUAUAUCUCCUUUCCUCCUCUCUCUCUCUCUUCGCCCUCUCACUUUUUCUCUCGCUCUUUCUCUCACUUUUUCCUCUCUCUUUUUCUUCUCUCUUUCUUUCUCUUUUUCCCCUCCUUCAUUCCCUCUUCUUUGUCACUCACCAGUUGGCAAUGACAAACCAUUAUUCUAUCUCACUAUCUAUCCAUCUAUCUCAUUCAGUAUGUUCAUUAUCUAUCUAUCUAUCUAUCUAUCUAUCUAUCUAUCGCUUUUCAUAUCUAUAUCAGUCUGUUUAUAUGCAUCUAUCUAUUUAUCUCGGUCUGUUCAUUAUCUAUCUAUCUUUCUAUCUGUCUCAGUCUCUUCGUGUAUAUCUAUCUAUCUAUCUAUCUAUCUAUCUAUCUAUCUAUCUAUCUCAGUAUGUUCAUAA